CGUUCUUCCUGCGUUGCGGCCGCCGUGACGUUGCGCGGGUGACGUGAGCGCGCCGCGUGCGCGUGACGUGGUCCCGGGCAGCGGGCGGGGCCGGUUUGAACGCGGAGGAGACGGGGCGAGUGCGGGGCAGAAAAUGGCUGUGAAUGUGUACUCCACGUCGGUGACGAGCGACAACCUGAGCCGGCACGACAUGCUGGCGUGGAUCAACGAAUCCUUGCAGCUGACGCUGACCAAGAUCGAGCAGCUGUGCUCAGGUGCUGCUUACUGCCAGUUCAUGGACAUGCUCUUCCCAGGUUCAGUAGCUCUCAAGAAGGUGAAGUUUCAAGCAAAAUUGGAACACGAGUACAUUCAGAACUUCAAGGUUCUACAAGCAGGUUUCAAACGAAUGGGCGUUGACAAAAUAAUUCCUGUGGACAAACUAGUGAAAGGAAAAUUUCAGGACAACUUUGAAUUUGUUCAGUGGUUCAAAAAAUUUUUUGAUGCAAACUAUGAUGGGAAGGAAUACGACCCCGUGGCUGCCCGACAAGGCCAGGAGACAAUGGCACCAAACCUCGUUGCUCCAGUGGUGAACAAACCCAAGAAACCUCUCGGUACUGGCAGUGCAGCCCCACAGAGGCCCAUUGUUGCACAGAGGACCCCAGCAACUCCCAAAGGCAGCACUGGGAUGGUCAAAAAGGCUGCGGGAGAUGAUGAAUCAGCGGGAUUGAUUGAGCAGAUCAACGUGUUGAAGCUUACUGUUGAAGACCUGGAGAAGGAGAGGGAUUUCUACUUCGGCAAAUUGCGGAACAUUGAGCUGAUCUGCCAGGAGAACGAAGGCGAGAACGACCCAGUGCUGCAGAGGAUUGUGGAAAUUCUUUAUGCCACAGAUGAAGGCUUUGUGAUACCUGACGAAGGAGCGCCGCAGGAGGAGCAAGAAGAGUAUUAACAGACCACACACUGUACCAGCAGAGCAGCAACAUCGGAAUUCUGUGCCCCAGAUCAUGUGCUUAACUGUAAAAUACUCCACUUUAUUCUUAGAGGACUCACUGGUUUCUUUUCAUAAGCAAAAAAAGUUACCUCUUCUUAAAGUGCACUUUGCGGAAGUUUCACUCUUUUUGCAGUGGGUUUGAGUUAGAAACUCUCUCACUCUGUAGCAGAGCAGUAUUCACAUCUAGGUGGUAUAUUUAGGGAGCAAGAGGCUGAACGUUUGGAACUUGUUGGUUUGCUGGUAAACACUGGUUCGUGGAAAGACUUUUUUUGUACCUGAGGUGGUGUGUAGUAGAGAACGUAAAGACUGACUCAUGGAAAGAUGGAGUUCAUGUGAAAUUGCAGCACGGAAAUGAUAAUAAAAUGCCUUAAGAGUAUUUAAAAUAUGCUUCCAAAUGCCAAAAUUGAAGUAAUGUGACAGGAGAUUUUAUGUGCUUCAUCCUGGGGAGACGCUCCGCUCCCCUCCCUGCUGUCCGAGGGGCUCUUAAACAAACCUCCAUUCCUGCAUAAAGCUGCUUACCGAGUGAUUAGUUCUCAAUGAAAUAGGCCUUAAUGUUGCCUGUCACAAGAUUAGAGGGAGUAUGAACAGCUGAGACACAUAAAUUACCUUGAGGACUGCUAAAGCAUUUUUUUACUAUGGCAUUGUGGCUGAUGGCUUUGCCAAAACGUACUGUGUUUUCUGUAUUAAAGAAAAAAAAAAGCUCCAUAAAUGAAAGCAGAGGGCACCAGUCUUACUGCCUACAAGGUUCUUCUGAAGUACUUUCCUCCUUUCUGCUUGUUCUGUUUGUUUCUGUUGGUUUGCUUAUGGCCUCGCACCCUUCCCUUCCCAUCCCAAGGUGCUCUGGUCCAACCCCGUGGUUGCAGCAGGGUUGGGCUGUGUGCAGCUCAUAGAAUGAAAGUGAAUUGAGCACAUGAGGAUGAUGAUUUUCUCUUUUCUUUUCUGUUUUUUUCUCAGACCAGGGCUUAUCUAAUAGUAACACUUGCCAGUUCAGUGGUCUUCUGGGGUCAAAACUAAGAGAUGCUGGCUAACAGAGCUAAUGUUAUUGCAGAAAAUACAGUACUGAGACUAACUUAAAUAUUAAUAUUUAAAGUACUUUCUUUAAUUGUCCCUUUUUUUUUUUUUUUUUUUUUUUUUUUUUGCUCUCAUGCCCCCUCAUUACUGUUGUGUUUUUGGCAAGAUCCUGCAAGACUUCUGAUUCCCCUCCACUACUGAGAUCCAUCAGUCCUGUUGUGCUGUAUUCAUUCGUUCCUGGUGGUAGCUUGUCCUAAAACGUGUGUAGGAGAGCAUCUUAUGGUAAUUGUUGUGUAGUGCAUGAAUCUUUGUGAAAUUCAGAGAAAAACCCAAAUUCAGUGAAUGCCAAAAAAAUGCAAGUAUCCAGCCAUUGUUUGAAAUUGCAGUGGUGCUAUUUCUCUUGUGGCCUUUUAGACUUUCGUUGCCCUAAAACUCCAUUUUACUGAGAAAACCAUAUUUGACUUGGAUUUUUCUUGACAGGGUUUUUCUAUUUUAAGCAGUUUCUAAAUAAAGUUCUGUAUUUCAAGAGUG